AUGAUGCAGGAUGAAUACUACAUGACAGCUCCCCCUCCCUUCCCUGCGCUCCCGUGCCUGGUCCUGGUCCCGGCUGUGUGGGAGCAGGACGCAGAGAAUCGGUCCUAUAUUAAAGUGUUAAAUUUACCAUUUGUCCCAGAAAUGGCACCAGUAGAGGUUAGGGCUCUUCAAAGCCUUCCAACUACCAAGAUGGAGAUGAUGAAAGCAGCUAAAGCCUUGGUCGAGAAAGCUAUCAAGAUGCACAAAGUGUUUUCAGUGCAAGGGCAUUAUCCUGUCAUCCGUGCUGGGCUACGUGCCAGAGGGUGGGUGGAACGUUAUUUACCCAAUGCAGGCAACAGAGUGUCUUCUCGCCAGAGUGAUAAAGACAAGGAUGACGAUGAUGGCAACACCGAAGCAAAUAACAGUGGUAGGAUUAGAGAGAGGGGGGAUACCGGAGAGGAGGACGAACUUGACCAAAUGUACAGCUUCAUGUCCCAUCUCGUCCGAAAUGAGAAGACUUAUUUCUACUGGAGUGGACGUUUCGAUUCCGACCAUUUUCGCUCCCUAACACCGAACCAACUGAUCAAUCACUAUGCAAAUACUGGAAAUUUUACCACCAAGGUGGGCCUCUGUGUGAACCUGCGUAACCUUAAGUGGUAUGACACUGCAGAUCCCGACGCCUUCUUUCCGAGAUGUUACAGGCUCGGGGCUAAGGAUGAGAGACAUGCAUUCAUUGAUGACUUCAGGAGGACAGCGUGCUGCAGUCUGAUAAAGCACGUGGUCGAGACAAACAAGAAACAAGAAACAACAAACCAACAAACCAAAGAUGAGGGAAACACUCAAAACGUCUCUCCAGGUAUCAGUCCAGGAGUGAUCAAGACAGCCUUGCAGAGGUGUCAGGAGUAUCUGAGUUCUCUCGAGCACUGUGACAUUGAUGUGACUGUGGAAACGCUCCCAUUUGUGGAGGAUAAUCAGUGGAAUCAAUUUCUGCAGAAGUAUUACAUGGUAGUGCAUGACGGGGCAUCGAUCAUGAGAAGUGCUGAUUUUGUGAGCCGUUGCCAAGACAUGUUGGUCCAAUUGAAGGAAGUCUGCCCUCAGCUGGAGAUAGAUGGAUUCAAUAACAUCUGGAUUAUCAAACCGGGGGCAAUGUCAAGAGGAAGAGGUAUUGUUUGUAUGAAUCGCUUGGAUCAGAUUUUAGCACUGGUGGAGUCAGACACAGUCGUAGCAAACGAUAGCAAGUGGGUGGUUCAGAAGUACCUGGAACAACCUCUGCUGAUCAAAGGAACCAAAUUUGACCUGCGUCAGUGGUUUCUCGUCACUGACUGGAACCCUUUGACGGUUUGGUUCUACAAAGACUGCUACCUGAGGUUCUCCACUCAGCCAUACUCCACCAAAAGACUGGAUAGCUCCGUCCACCUGUGCAACAACUCCAUCCAGAAGCACCUCCAGCCAUCACGCGAGCGCCACCCGGGCUUGCCCAGGGACAACAUAUGGUCUAGCUCCGACUUGAAGGCUUUUUUGCAUCAGCAGGGCCAAGGGGCAAAAUGGGAGAGUGUGGUGGUCCCGGGUAUGCAGCAAGCUGUGGUCCAUGUCUUGCAGACAGCCCAAGACCAGGUGAAGCACCGCAAGGCGGCCUUUGAGUUGUACGGCGCCGAUUUCAUGUUGGGAAAUGACAUGAAGCCUUGGCUUCUUGAAGUCAACACCAAUCCCACCAUGGCCUGCUCCAGCGUUGUCACAGCUCGGCUCUGCCCAGCCGUUCAGAUGGACACACUGAAAGUGGUCCUGGACAGACGAAAAAACCCCAACGCCUUCACCGGAGGCUUCCAUUUGAUUUACAAACAGCCUAGAGUCAACCCCCCGCCGUUUGUUGGACUGAGACUGAUAGUGGAGGGAAACCACAUCAAGACACCGAACUCUACCAAGUGCAAACAAAGGCCUCCACAGACCCAAUUUUCUCCCGAGGAUAAAGAAAAGACGACUAAACGUCAAGCAAAACCAUGCCGGAAGAUACAUGUGCGCAGGCCUCCACCAGAAAAGAAGUCGAAGACGCCUCCAAGGAGGGAAGAAGAAAGAACAGUGGUUCAGAAUGAAAGAACAGUGGUUCAGAAUGAAAGAACAGUGGUUCAGAAUGAAAGAAUAGUGGUUCACAAUGAAAGAACAGUGGUUCCCAAUGCCAUCGGGAUAUCAGGAGAACAAGUGGUGGAGAACCACAAUGAACCCAGUAGGACAACCCAAUGUUUGGUUGUGAGUGGUGAUAGCAGUGUAGCUCCAGUUGCUCAAAGGAGACCCUCCUUUUCGCGCACCCCCAAAUCUUGCAGUGUUUCACAUGUCUCUAAAACUUCAAUUAAACCAAACCCUAGAGAGCACGUGUGGAGGUCAAUCCUUCCCGGGACUUCUUUUUUUCCGAGGCCCUUGCUGUGUCUCACAAGCAUGCAGCCAAAUAUUCUGCCAAGCUAUCGAAAACGUUCUAUGGUGACCUUUCAACAUGAGGCGAAUUAUAGAUUCCACAAGCAGCGUUAUAUUGAAACUAUGUCGAGAUAUGUUAAGUGA